CGUUAAGUGGAGGUAAAAAGAACGUCACAAGCGCUCUGAGCUGUGUUGGGUUUAAAAGUUCAAAACGGGGUGACUUUAAACGGAACCAAAAUGAUCUUAACAGGGAGAGGCAAAGUUACCACUUUUUUUAUUUUUAUCCUUGGUUUGACCACCUUUCUCUCGUACGCCUCAUACCAAGCGAAGUUCGGACAAGAAAUUAGCCAACCCACUCACAGCAAAAGAACAAUUGAUGAGAUCGUCUGUCGAAAGGUUGUUCCAACUCAAGCCACAGCCACAGCCACAGAAAAACCCACUAAUAAUUCAUUGCCAAAGGUUUUCGUUUAUCUCAUUCAAACAGAACAAUGCCUUCCUUCAAACUUUGCCUCUCCUUCCGAGAUCGGCGACCCCGAGACGUGUAAAUGUGAUGUCAUGGUGCUAAGUUAUCGUACCAAAUGUCAAGUGCAAAAGCCGCCUCACAUCACUUAUUUGUUCUAUCCCAAUACUGGAUGGGGAACAGGACGAAAUGUGCUGUAUUUUGCUGCAAUUACGAGAUCCCCAAAAUACCAUUAUUACAUUUUUAUGGAUGAUGAUGUGGUACUACAUUUCAAUUCAUUUGCUUCGCCACAAAUGAAGAGGCUUCCGCCGUUUAGAGUCUUCGAACAUUGGCUCCUAGAUUACGAGCCUGUAGUUGGAGUUGUGGAUUACAAAUUGCAUCAUGGGGCCAUCUGGACCAAUAACUUACGCAAGAAAAUAUGUAACAAGACGGACAGUCCCCUUGUGAUACCAACAGUAUGGUAUGAUGCCCUUUUCAAUGCAUUUCAUUACAAAUCUAUCGAGCAUCUCUUCCCUUACCGUACGCAAUAUCAAAACAUAAGCUGGUGGUCAUCGCAAAGGUAUAUGUUUUCUGCUGUGGAACUGAUAUUUCGAGGCCAGGCAUUGAUGUUUGUGCCUGUUACUACGGGAAAUCCAAAACAUCGCCCAUACCCAAGGUCUCUAAAGGACGCAAACUGGAGAGAUUACAUCGAUACGAUUCGAAAGGAAGCUCCUUUAAUUUACAGAAAUCGAACUUUAUUCGAAGAAUUUAGGCAGAAUCUUGCAAGUUACGUUAUCAACACGAAAACAUAUUGCAUGAAUGUAACACGGCAUCAACAGAUUAAACCAUACGCUCAUUUUGAUUUUAAGACAGAGAUGUAGUUGUUGAGGUUAGUGAAGAGGUAAACUAUAGUUCCCUAUUCUUUCUUAUUCUGGGCUCAAUCAGUGGAUAAGAUGCUAAACCCAUUCAAUUAUAAGCCCCUUUGUUUGUUUAUAAACUUGUUGAACUGUAACAAAGUUUCAACAAAGUGAUGUUCGCGAGGAGAAUUAGGACUGAACCGCUAACACAUUGGAAUCAAACCAUUUUUCACUUGGUCGGUUGCAUUCAGUUUAUUUAUUGAGGAAGUAUUUCCUGAGCCAUAUUUUAUUCACUAUA